AUGUCUUCCAACGACAGACGCCGCCUCAUUGUCACUGGAGCUACUGGAAAACAAGGAGGAGCCGUCAUUCAAGCCCUUCUUGCGAAACCUUCCCAGCCAUUCCAGAUUUAUGCCGUCACCAGAAACAAAGAGUCUGCCCCUGCCAAGUCGCUUGCAAGCAAGGAAAAUGUACAUGUCAUUCAAGGGGACUUCGACAAUCCAAAAGGCAUACUCGACCAGGUGCCGAGCCCAUGGGGCCUCUUCUCCGUCACCACGCUCCAAGUUGGGAAAAGUAACGCCGCUGGGAUAGAAGAGCAACAAGGCAAGGCCAUGAAUGCUGCCGCGUUUGGAGCUGGUAUUAAACACCUCGUAUACACUUCUGUCGAUCGAGGCCUCGAUAGCGACAAUACUGAAACGCCGAUCCCGCACUUCCGCGCCAAGAAGCAUGUUGAAGACGACAUCAAGGAGAAGGCCGCCAAGAACACCGGUACCACGUGGACUUUCAUUCGCCCCGUCGCCUUUAUGGACAACAUUGGAAGAGACUUCUUUGGAAAGGUUUUCGUUACGAUGUGGCGCCAAAAUGGCCUCGACACUCCACUUCAACUAGUCAGCACUAAAGAUAUUGGUCGUGUUGCUGCGGAAGCAUUCCUUCACGCCGACGAGGAAGAGUACAAGAACAAGUCUAUCUCCCUGGCAGGCGAUUCUAUCACUCCUCGACAGGCUGCCAAGGCAUUCAAAGAGGCUACUGGGUUGGAGAUGCCGUCGACAUACGGAGUCUUCGGAUCUCUUUUGAAGAUGAUCAUGAAGGACGAGAUUGGGACGAUGUUCGAGUGGUUCAAGAGCACUGGCUAUGCAGCUGAUUUUAAGGCACUGAGGAAGAGCUAUCCUUUCCUAAAGGACUUCAAGUCUUGGGUGGAAACGGAGAGUGCGUGGAAGAAGGCAUGA